AUGGUUGGCCGUUCAUUACUUAUAAGCUUGGCCACCUGCUUAUCUCUUGUCGUGACAGCCCAAGCUGGAGAGAUCACCCAAUUCUUCGUUGGGUACUCGCCGGAUGGAGGCCCAGAGAUAAACGGGUGUAGUGGGCAUGGACAAGAUCUGGCAAAUGCCUGGAGACAACUUGGACCGCUCGCCAGUGCCGCCCACAAGGCAAUACUAGCAUUGGAAAAGCCCCAGCCACCUGGCGAUGACUUCGACGAGGCUCGAUGGAAUUGGAACAACAACGCUAGAAUGAUUCUAGAAACAUUGGCAGUAGGGAUAGACCCAGCUACGGGAGGACCAGUAGACGAACCCGGGAUGGAUGAAAGAUGGAAGUACGUCAAGCAGAUCGUAGAAGACAUCACGUUCGCCUGGGACAACAACCAUCUACCGGCAUUAUCGGCGAAUCCAGAACAGAUACAGAUGAACUUCCUCUUUUGCGGAGACAAAGGGUGGCACAAACUGAGACCGACGGCUAUUUUUCCCGACACUAAUCCUCCUCAAACCUUUGCUGAGUUCAGUGUUGAUGGACAAGUCUUGCUCCCUGAUGGUGCCUGGUGGUUCAAUGGCCUGAUGGUUAAAGUCUUCCCCGACCAAAACAAAGACGCGCCUAACAUGUGCGAUGGCAGAGUGUCAGCGGUCUCAAUUUUCUAUCUUAACGCCAUAGUUAUCUGUGACCCAAUAUGGAAUGCGGAGGUUACUAUCAGAGAAAUGGUACCCGAGUCGGCGAUAAAGGAAGACCAAUACAUAUUCGGGGUCGCGCAAAGCGUCACUGGAACCUUGUAUCACGAAAUGGCUCAUUUGGUUGGAUUGCGUCGGUAUGGGAAUCUCUACGACCAGCCUUUCUAUAACGACGACGGCACACCGAUGAUGGAUUCGAAUGGCCAGCCGGUUCUCACAUAUGGGCCUGCCAAGUGUGUGGCGUUGGCGAAAAUGAGACCAGAUUUGGUCUACAAAAGCGCUGAUUGCUACCUUUAUUUUGCCGUAUCAGCGUUUUAUUCAAAGUUUGACUGGUCAUCGCUACAGGCUAAGAGUAGAAGCCCACCACGGGUUAUACCGCCAGGGGUUAGGCCGCCUACGUAG